GAGAAAUUCCUCUUAAGCUGAAAGAAAGCUGAAAAGCAACUACAGGCGUGCCCCAACCCGACCCUAGAACACAAUUCCGUCUCGAAACAAACUGAGCCCCAGCGCGAGCCAUUCACACCAAGGCUGAAAUGUUAUCUCAAAGGACACUUAGCCAGCAGCUAUCCGCUACGCAGGCAGGCGGCCGGCGGUCAGGCUGUGUGUCGGGACUGCGUGCUCCCGGCGUGUCUAGAAGGAGUGCAGUGGCGGUGCGGGCCAGCGGAGUGCGCGCCCGCUGGUGCAUCGACGUGGAGUAUGGGCACAAGCAGACGGUCACGACACUGCUGCAGGAGUGGGUGUCGGACGUGGGUGCGCGCGCGGGCCUGACGCACACCAACACCCGCCUGAGCAGCGGCUCGGUGGGGGUCGCGGAGUCUCGCCUUGAGUUGGAGGUCACGUUUCCCUCGCUUUCCGAGUGGGAGCACUUCCUCGCAAACAUCCCCGCAAAGGAGCAUAAGGCCUGGAGCCAGCGCGUGCAGGGCAUGAUUGUGGGCGGCUCGCCGCGCUGGGAGCUGUACCGCGCAGUGCCCGCCUUCGCCGACGGGCAGGAGCAAGCCGCAGCUGCCGCACCGGUGGCGCGGCCCGCGCCCACGGCGCCGGUGCUGGCGCUGCCGGCUUCCGUCUUGACCAUGCAAGCGGCGCUGCAGCAGAGCCGGCCGACGGCCUCGUCCGCGUCUCCCAGCUGGAGCACCAGUGACGAUGGGGCAGGCAGCAACGACGGCGUGUCCGGUGACCCCGGCAAACUGAGCAUUAUUGAUAACGCAGCGGACGCGGAGGUCGUGCUGGACUGGAAGGGAGACCCGCUCAAGAUUAACCCCGGAGACAAGCUACCCUUCAAGUUCUUGUAGGCGACCUUAGUCGCGUGGCAAAGGGUUCGUGCGGUACCUUGGUAAUCCAGGUCGGGCUGCAGCCGUGGACUUGUUAUGGGACUGCGCAACAGCAGCAGGUUUCUACGGGACCCGAUGGCACAUGAGGGAGCGAGCGUACGUAUGCAGGAUGUGACUGUAUCGGAUGGGACUCGUGAAACGUUAGGAAAGCGCCGCGGAGUACGGUGGGGGACGUUGGUAGGGGUGACGUCGGCCAGUGGCAGGCCCUUUGCGCUUCAAGAGCCAAAAACAUGGCAAUAAGCAUACGCAAAAUGUAAACAAAAAUGGGA